GAGCUUGCUAGCUGUGGCUGGAACAAAAAGGAGAAACACAUUUUGGCUCCUAAUGUUGUUGCCUUCACACGGAGGUUCAACCAGGUGAGCUUCUGGUUGGUACGGGAAAUCCUGACCGCUCAAACCCUGAAGAUCCGUGCCGAGAUCCUGAGCCACUUCAUCAAGAUCGCAAAGAAACUUCUUGAGCUGAAUAACCUUCAUUCUAUGGUGUCGGUGGUGUCUACAUUGCAAAGCGCUCCCAUCUUUAGACUGAGCAAGACCUGGGCGCUGAUCAGUCGGAAGGACAAGGCCACGUUUGAGAAGCUGGACUACCUGACCUCCAAAGAGGAGAACUGCGCCAGGAUGAGAGAGUACAUCCGCUCCCUCAAGAUGGUGCCGUGCAUCCCCUACCUGGGGAUCUACCUGCUGGACAUGAUUUACAUCGACUCUGCCUAUCCUGCGUCUGACAGCAUCAUUGAGACCAAAAUGCUGUCUCUGAAAAUUGAACCAGGGAACAGCUCGCCGCGCAUGGCCACAUCCAAAGAAGAUCUUGCAGGUCCGUCUGAGUUGUGUUUAUCGGUCAGGUAUAAUCGACGGCCCACUUGCCCUGAUGCCACCGUGGGGGUUCAUAUUCCCACCCCGCCGCCCUCACGCCACAGGAAGAGCCACAGCCUCGGAAACGCUAUGAUGUGGGAUUUCGGUGUGGUGGAGAGUAAAAGUGCGACGUUCCCCAUAGAGAAACCACGUCACCUGCUGGACGACAGCUUCCUAGAGUCCCAGAGUCCAGCGCGGAACAACCCACACAGCUCAUCCGUGUCCAACGGCAUCUCGAGAGGCAGCAGUCAGAGUUCGUUCUGUGAUGAUCUCUCUCCAGGGCUCGAGAGGGGCCGCAUGUACAUGACUCUGGGCCCUAACUGGAGGGUUCCUCUCCGCGCGUCCCCCAGAGGCCGCAGCCAUGCCCACAGUCCGUCAGUAGCAGAGCCCAGUCUGGCUCAUGGAGAGGCGAGUGGAGUCACAAUGCAGGGGCCGCUGAAGAGGAAAACCCUGCUGAAGGAGGGCAGGAAACCUAAGGUGAACAGGAAGGGAACAAAAAUGAGUUUAAAAAACUAUGUUCUGGGCUGGAUGGUGGUGCUGCCGGAUGAUCCAGCUCAACCCAACAUCUUUCAGCUCAACCAUCCUGACAAAGGGAAUGUUUACAAGUUUCAGACUAGCGAUCGGUUCACUGCGAUCAUGUGGCACAAACACCUGGAGGAGGCCUGUCGGAGAAGAAGACCUCAGAUACCAGCGAAUCUCAUGUCGUUUGAGUAAACGGACUUGUGUAACUCUUGCCUGAAGACAUUUGUAAGGCCUACAGAGAUCGAGAAGAACGUGUUUGGUUCAGCAAAAGGAUGAAAAAAGAGCCAAAACCCUUCAAUACUGAAGAGUCCACUGAGCCAAAGGACUCGCUCUGAUCCACUGGCCCUCCGUGAGCCUCACGGACACAUCUAACAUCAGGAUGUCUGUUACAGAGCCGGACGUGGAGGUUUGCACACUAGUUCUGGUCAGUCUAGUAAAGGGUAUGGAAGGGAGGUAAAUCUGGCCCGUUCCAGCUCCAUCAUGUCUUCUCAGUGGAGACUUUUGGAUCUCAAGGUGUUUGUGUGGCUUCAGUGAAGUACAUUAUGGGAAUUAAAUUAAACAGAAGCUCGAGAUGGGUGUUUUUGUGGUGAUAUAAGUGAGUUUCAGUGUGAAAGAGAAAUCAUGCCGCCUGUAGCAUAAGAAUAAAAAGCCAAACUAACAGACAUUUGCUCCUACAAAGAGCCGUAACAAACAAACCACAGCUGGAUCAGGAAAAAAGAUGAAGACCUAACCCAGCUAAUGAUACUCGCUGGUUAAGAGCCGUUUAGUUACAGACUAAUCAUAUCUGCUUUCAGCACAGUGAUUUUUACUUCUGGUUAAUGUUAUGAUGUGAUGAUGCUGUGAGUGUGACUUGCUGACAUCAGGGAUUCUGAAUACACUUUCUGUUUUACUCAUUUUAUACUCGUGAAAGCUUGUUUUGGGCUUUAAGUAUUAACAAAUUAUUAGGCCUUUCCUGUCAAAUGAAGGUUUUGCUCACAGCUCACAACUUAAACAGCGGAAAUAUGUUGUACAAAAGCAAAAGAUUUUUGUUUGUCACAUCUGAUAGGGUUCCUUGUACAUUAAUGAGACAAUACCAUUUUUAAAACACAAGCUUAUUUUCCAUUCAGCCCAUCUCACAAAAACAAGAACUGCUUUUUUUGAUGAACUUUUUUGAUAUCUCCGAAAUCCUAAACAUUCACGCUAAAUUACCGGGCGAAUCUCACAAAACCGGUCAAAAACUUGUCCGGGUCAUAUCUGACCCCAAAAUGAAU